GCGUCUCCUGAAAAGGAAGGAAUCCAUUAGCACGAAAGACAGAGCUCUUUUGAAAACUUUUUGAUCAGUGGUAGGCAUUGCCUCUCAGCCAGCGAAUAUGCAUCUUCAAGCAUCAUCUGUGUGGGCAAUAUGCAAACCAUCUCCUCUCUCUCCCCUGAAGACAGGAUUGCAGUCAAGUAGGCUAUAACCUCUUCCAUUUCGACAUUUCUAACUGAGCUACAACAUGUUAAACCACAAGGAAAUGUUUUGAAAAGACAAAGGAGAGCACUGUGCUGUAAAAUGUUGCUGCGCCAUAACUGGGUGAGGCUCGUUCACUCGGGGAGAGAGCAGGUUUUUUUUCUUUCCCGAGGACGUUUCUCGGUGAUUCAACAGGAAGUCUUUACACCGACCGACACAGGGGCGAUUUUACUCGAAAGGGCGUAUGUUUGACAUGAAGACAAAAAGGAAGAAAAGCAGUCGACAGUGCGUGUAAAGAAGCAAACGUUAAUAAUAAAGUGGCGUAUUCAGGCUGACUCGCCCUGGCAACGGCAGUAAUCCGAGAGCUCUGGACGUUUGCCACGAGAGCUCGAGCGCGCUGCUCCCUUGCUGCGCCCCCACACACUGCCAUAUAAGGUCAUCAGGAAUCCUCUGCAGCAGCCCUGUUGUGCUGUAUCUGGGUGAAAAUAACACCGGGGGUGCCUUUGGCUUCCGCUCGUGCACUCUCUGGCUCGAGACAAAGACCGGCAGAUCACCAACAUCGAGUGUGUGAAGUGUGCAGAUAGGCCUAAUACAAAAAAUAUUUUAUUCGGUAAAGGAGUUGAAAAUACAGGAGGGGGAUUAUUCGAGCUCUUGUAAUGGGUCCUCAGGUGCGCCAUCGUUAAACCCUUUUUUUGUGUGUGUGUGUGUGUGUGUGUGUGUGUGUGUGUGUGUGUGUGUGUGUGUGUGUGUGUGUGUGUGUCAGAGGCCUGUUUUUCUUGUUAUCCACUCCUAGAUCCGGCUGCCAAGUGCGCAGGUUCCUCCAUUGGCAGGUCACGAGGCUGUUGACCGCAUUAAUCUCUCCCUGCUUGCUAGACCCCCACCCCCUCCCAGUGCAAUGGAGACACAGUUGUGAAGGUUUUUUAUGUGUGUAACAAAGGUGAACAUUUUUCGUUCAAAUUCGGCAAUGACUUUAUUUAUAAGCCUUUGUUUAAAAAAAAAAAAAAAAAAAAAAAAAACACCCUCCCCGGUGGGUUGCGCCAUUCAGCUUUGCGCGCCGCUGACAGACUGGAAUAUUCCACACAGAGGAUUGGCCUCUUUUCUGCUGGACAGCUGUCUCUCUGCAAGGCGAAAGACUAUUUUUGACAAUUGCUCUUUGUUUAUUAAUUGAUGAAAAUGGGCUGUACACGUAUGGAUGUUUUGUACAGGUAUAGGAUAUUUUACUAUCCUUUUUAUAGGCUACGUUAUGCACAUGUUAGGCUGCCAGUUUCACCUUGUAAGUCAAACAAGCACUCAUUUUUAUUUUUAUGCAGGCAUUUUUCAUAGCUAUGCAACACGAUAUCGUACUGUAGAAGCAUAUGGGGCACAUGAGAACGGUGUAUGGCUAUUUCUGUGGAGUCAACCAGUCAGACUCAUGUAUGCCCUCUCUUUCUGUCUUUCUUUUUAUGUUCAGCCUUUGAUUCUGACGGAUUUUUCUUGAAUCAAAUCAGACUUCAUCGGCGCAUUGUGUGUGUGUUUUUUUUUUUUUGACUACUUAUGGGUAAACUCGCUUAUACAAGGAUUUUUCUUGCAGAUUGGUGGUACUGUACUUAUUUUACUUAAAACAAUGACUUUUCUUUCUAGCUCUAAUUUGCAUGUCUAUGAGUUUGGUUGGUUUGUGAUUCAGUGUCUUUUUACUUGGCAAUAUUAUCACAUGUCUGUUUCUGAGAUGUUUAAAUAAAUAGACUAUACACUAAUUUUUAAUGUUUUUUUUGUUGUGGAAACUUUUGAUGGACUUGCAAUUUCUAACUUUAAAAGAUUUUUAAGCUCAUAAUUAAAAUAGUAUUUUAGGCUGUCAUGACAUAUCACAUACUACACUAAAAUACACAGUGAACAUAAUUCAUGUUGCUGGAUAACAUGGCUGUGUGGGAGCAAUUUGCAGUUUUGUUGUCAAAUUGCCUUUAAUCAGUUCUACACCAAUCAGCUGAUCUUUAGCCUGUGUGCUGUAUAUCACUAUAUUGCUUCAUUAAGUUAUUGCAGUAAAUAUGUGUGAAUUUAGGGUUUUUUCUUAAAAUAGGCAAAGUAAAGGGCAGUGUCAGCUUAUCUUCUUAAAGGGACAGCUUGCUCAAAUUGCCAGCACUCCUGCCCACUAACUGGAUAUUUUUCUACCACUGACCGCUGAAAUUUAACCUUUAAAUUUGACUUUGUGUCCUACCAUAGUUUGAGUUCAAUUGCCUUUAUGUCAGAGAAAAUAUUCCAGACCAGAGACUAAGUGAAUAUGAGUAUUUUCAAAUACAAUAUUUGUAUCUAUUCUGGCUCAUUCUCUAUGACCUGCUUUCUCCUGACACCCACUGCAGCCUAACUACAUCAGAUUUCUGUAAUUAUUAAUCAUCGACAUGGCUGAAACAUAUCCCCAAACCUAUAUAUAAUUUUAUUACAUAUGAUUUAAUGUCCAUGAAAAUUCAUCCAGGUCAUUUGAUAUCCAGUAGUAACUCAAAGGCAAUUGUCCAAUUGCUUUUAAUCAUGACUAGACAAACUACAUCUGGCUGACCAUCUGAGAAGUUAUUUCUCAUGCCCUAAAACAGCCAGUCUGCCUCAGCCUCCUCCUUUUUUUUAAAUUAAAAAAAAAAAAAAAGCACAUAAAAUGUUUCCACCUUAUAAUAAGGUAACAUACUGUACCUCCAAAUGUUUUCUCCAAAACAAUCACUUUUAUUUUGCUCAUGUAAUUAGUUAGUUGCUGCCUAAGAUGUCCGUACAUUGCACCCUGGGACAAGAGAGAGGAUAGUUUGUCUUGACGCCCAAUCUGUGAUGUCACUGCUGUGUACAGCCAUACAGACUGAACAGAGACAUAUGACGGACAUCUUGCGGCGUAAAUACCCCAGGGGAGUCAUAAUGAUCACAUUAAAAAGGGAAAAUACAGGAAUAAACACCGGAUCACUAUUUCUACCAAAUACAUGUAUGUAGAGCAUUAUUAGAUUCAGCAUAUAGACUAGUUGCAAGAUAGCUUAAGGUUUAUUUAAAGGCUAAAGACUUAUAUACAAUCAAUUAAAAUUUCUGAUCCACAUACAUUUUGGUUUCUCAUAAAUUGAGUGUUUCAGUCAAUCAUCAUGAACAUGGAAUCCCACAUAUAUUACAAUGACAUAAUGAAUUACCAUUAAAGGAAUAUUCCACAUUGAUUCAAAACAUCCUCGCCUGAUAAUGAAAAGUGUGGGUGGCCCAAAAUGAAAUGCAGUCAGCUGGUUUAUUAUGUUACAGUUUGUUUCAUCUAAGAAGAGGGAGUGGUCUUUUAACCGAACAGGUUUCUGAGAAAGCAAGUUCACAAAAGUUAAAAAGUUAUGACGCAGUUGCAAGAUUAGAUACACAUACUGGGCACACAUCCAGCCCAUUCACCACCCAUCAGAGCAACUCCAGGCGACAAGAAUCUAAAACAUUUAUAGUGUCAUUUCACAUACACACUUCUGUUUAUGGAGGCAGUGCCUCAGAUGGAACUCCCACCCAUAAAAUGAAACUUGCCUGUUUCAUAGAGGAAGUAGGAGCAGCCAGACUCAUCUACCCCACAUGUGCAACUCAGCUGCAGCUCUCUUCUUACCCAGAGAUGCUUUCAGUGAGCAGACUGAUAAUAGGACAGGAGAGAAGUGUAGGGGGUCAAUUGGAAACAGCUUCGAUGUGACAGGAACAGGAAGUGGUGAACAUAGCAAGCUACCUGGUGAAACAUGAGGCUCGUCUGUUCCUCUCUCUUGACACUGCCUGUAAAUCAUCUCAGCCUUUCCAAAUAUAGAUCCAUCAGACUUUGCCAUGUAUUUAACUUAAAUCUGGAGGGAGUUUCUUCAGCCCCGUCCUGCCUGGCACUUGUUUGAUUGUUGGGUGUCGAAAUGACACAAAACGGUGCUGCGACCGGUAAGGGUACCACAAAAAAAGGAGAUGAACUAAAAAUUGUGAUAGUUGGAGAUGGAGGCUGCGGGAAAACAUCACUUCUGAUGGUUUAUGCGAAAGGUGACUUUCCAGAGAAAUAUGCGCCAUCAGUGUUCGAAAAAUAUGUCACCACUAUCUCUCUUGGAGGAAAAGAGAUAAAGCUCAAUCUGUAUGACACAGCUGGACAGGACGACUAUGACCGACUUCGGCCGCUUUCAUACCAAGAAGCCAAUCUGAUUUUAGUCUGCUUUGACGUGACUAACCCCACCAGCUUUGAGAAUGUCCUGAUAAAGUGGUACCCAGAGGUGAAGCACUUCUGUCGGGACACUCCGGUCAUCCUCAUUGGCUGCAAGACAGACCUCAGGAAGGAUAAAGAGUGUGCAAGGAAGCUCAAGGCCAUGAAUCAGGCUCCCAUCACUUACACACAGGGCGAAGAGACCCGUCAGCAGAUGAAUGCAGAGCUCUACCUCGAGUGUUCGGCAAAGUAUCAGGAGAAUGUGGAAGACGUUUUCAGAGAGGCCACCAAAAGAACUUUGGCCUUCAAUCGCAAACAAAGGAACUAUAAGAGGAAGAAGAAAUGUGUGGUUUUGUGAAGUCAAAAGGACAGAGGCUUUGAGGACUCCACCCCGAACAGCAGUUUGCUUCAGAAAGUUCUCAUCAGUCCCUGUAAGUUUGGGGCCCAACUGAAUCACCAGUGCAUCUCCCUCCACAGUCACAAGAAAAUGACAAAUGAUGUUAAAAGGAAAGACAAUUUUGCAAGAAGCCACAGCAGUGUGGAGAUUUUCUGAAGUGGUAUGCAACUUGAAAUGCCUUCUGUCAACGUAUUUUUGUACUUUUGUAUGAGAAGUCAUUUUUAUAUAUAUAUAUAUAUAUUUUUUCCUGAUGGAAGGUUUUGUACUGUUUCCAAACCAGUGUAUUUUAAUCAAAACAUAUCUAUUGGAGGAAUUUGCACAGUGAGUUCUUGUAUUGUCAACUUGGAUUUUUUUUUUUUUUUUAUCCAAGAGGUUUUCGUAAAAAAACAAA